GUGGGAUGACAGGAAGUCUGGAUCUCUCAGCAUAUAGGAUUUCCUCUUCAUCAUAGAGCUGGAGCUGAGGUAGAAUCCCGAUCUGUGUAACUGGAAGAACAAAGAAAGGAGUUUUAUAGUUUACCUCAGUCAUGCAGAAGGCAGGGACGGCCCCGUCCUCCCGGGGUCCAAGUGCUCCUGGGUCCCCAGCCACCUCGAUUGUGGCACGAAUGGACAAUCAGGUCAUUGGAUAUAAAGACUUGGCUGCCAUUCCCAAAGACAAAGCCAUUCUUGAGGUGGAACGGCCAGAUCUGAUGGUGUACGAGCCGCAUUUCAAUAUCUCAGCCCUGGAUCGGAUAGGUCUCUCCAGAAGCAGAGAGAGAUCAAUGUCUCCUCAUUCUAUCUCGCCCCCUCCUUCCCCUGAGAUAUUUGCUUCAAAAGAGUCAAAGGAGUGGUCAGAGCAGGGCUCUCCAGGAGGCUCCAACAUGGGCUCCACGGUGCAGCUCCGCAAAAUCAGCCCCGCUUCCAAAGGCCCCAUGCAGCACUUCCACAGGCCGGACAGUGGCACCAACAUCUAUAAGAAGCCACCAAUUUACAAACACGACGGACAGACGGGAAUAUCUCAUAGUAAACAUGAUGUCAUCAUUGAGUCCUCCAAGUUCCCGGCAGCCCAGCCUCCUGAUCCCAACCAACCGUCGAAGAUAGAGACGGAGUACUGGCCCUGUCCACCCUCUCUAGCCACUAUGGAGAUCGAGUGGAGAAAGAAGGCAGCCGAGCAGGGAAAGCCAGUCGAGGACGAUGAGUUUGAGGAUCUGACAGAAGAUGCAAAGAGACUCCAGGAACAGGAACUUCAGAAGAUACAGUCCAACUUGGGCAAAUUGAUCCUGAAGGAGGAAAUUGAGAAAUCAGUGCUCAUCCGCAGAAAAACACGUUCCCUGCCAGAUGGGGCUAACAUACUUUUAGGAUCAUCAGCCAGUGCGACUAAAUCCGCUUCUUUACCUCCCUGCAGUCGAACAGGCCUCACGAGGCUGCAGUCUGCAGACUUCACCUCCACAGACAAUGGAAAAGCAAAAACAGGUAUGAAUGGCGAUUCACAGAGUGGGAGAAUGGACAGAGGAAGCUCUCUUCCUAGUAUUCUGGAACAGAAGAUAUAUCCAUAUGAGAUGCUGGUUGUAACCCACAGAGGGCGCAGUAAGCUUCCUCCAGGUGUUGACAGGACCAGAUUAGAGCGUCAUCUGUCUCCAGAGGAAUUCCAGAGCUUAUUCGGAAUGCCCAUCACAGAAUUUGAUCGUCUGUCACUAUGGAAACGGAACGACCUGAAGAAGAAAGUGUCCCUUUUCUAACAUUUGGCCAUUUGGACUUGGAUACUGAACACCUCGCCCUCCAGAGACGCCAGUAAUAUCCACUCUAAUCUAAUACGGAUGCUAUGCAGACAUUUGAUGAUAAGCAAGGAAGAUGACGCCACAUUACCAGAUGUUAUAUUUCACUCACAUAUUCAGCAGUCUCUGUACAUCUCUGGUGUACAUAAUAAAAACAGAACGAAGACUCGCGCAUCCUUACAGUCGCUCCAUAUCUGAAAAAUCUAAUUAUUAGUGAUGGAAUAUCAAUUUCAUAAACUGCUCCAGCCGUUUCUUUAAGCCUUACAUCUAUUCAAAUUCUUAAAGUGCCCAGAGAUGUUUAUAAUAAUAGGCCUAUAUAUUUACACAAAGUUUUAAUCGUAAACAUCACUCUUUUUUUUUUUAAUCGUGUUCACUAAUAUUCCACUAUAAACUUAAUUUAUUGUAUCCCAAACACAUAUGGCACUGUACAUAUAUCAUGGUAUUUUUAUUUAUUCUCGGUGUCGAUAUGUAAAAGUUCAGCUUUAAAAAUCACUAGAUGAACAUUUCUAACAUCUAGCAAAAAUUAAAUGUUCAUCAUCAUUCAUUAAAAAAUGCAUGGACACUAAGUUUUCAUAAUUUAUUCAGUUUUACUGAUAAAAGCACUGCGAUAUAUGACUUCUAUUCGUGCUAAUAGCAGCAGUGUUAUAUUGUGGACUAAUAUGAAAUAUCUAAGCUCAGGCUUGCUGGUAAGCUCUGGCUUUGGGUUCUUGUACACUGUUGGUGCUUCAUACAGUAGGUUGUAAUUACUGAACUACACUAGAAGAUCUUUGUUUCACACAAAAUCACUCCAUUUUCUUGGAUUUCGAAUGUCUUUUGUCGAUGCAUACUUGCGUUUUUACUGCCUUUAGUAGUUGGUCUCCAUUGCAGUGUCUUUUAAAAUGGCAUAGGUGUUAUCGAAUCAUGCAUUGCACGCGUACAAUGGAGACCGUCCAACGAUUAUGUGUCUGUUCAUAGUUCUGUGUUUCAUCACCGUUUUUAUGUAACAUGGUGUAAUGUUGAAAAAAAAAAUAAAAGCUUCAUGUUAGAAA